AUGGUGCGUGCCGGCCAGCUGGUCUCGCCCCUGCCUGCAUCCAUGCAUGUACCUGCACAGGUGUUCCAGUUGAAAAAGAAGAAGAAGACGAAGAAGAGGAGGAAGAGGAAGGCCAGCUCCUCCUCCUCCGAGACCGGCUCGUCCUCCUCCUCCUCCUCCUCUUCCAAAUCGUCCUCCUCUUCCAGUGCCUCUUCGGACGAGUCCGCCGACGAGAAGCCCAAACCGGAGAAGAAAAAGCAGAGGGUGAAGAAAGCCUCCAAGGGGGGGAAAGGAAAGAAGAGGAAAAAGCGGAAGAAGAAGAAGAAGAAAGCCAAGAGGGAGAGGGGGAAAGAGGAGGGGGGGAGCAAGAAGGAGGAGACGACCCACGGCCCUUCGCUGGACCAGUGGCAGAAGGAGGCGGGCUCGGAUUCCGGACCUGCCCUCACGGACGAGCAGAAGUUCCGUAUCCAGGCCAUGAAGCCCAUGACGAAAGAGGAAUGGGACGCCCGCCAGAGCGUCAUACGGAAAGUCCUCGACCCUGAAACAGGACGGAUGAGGCUUAUUAAGGGCGACGGGGAGAUCCUGGAGGAAAUUGUCACGAAAGACAGGCAUAAGGAAAUAAACAAGCAAGCCACUCGGGGCGAUGGACUUUCCUUCCAGAUGAAGAUGGGGAUGUUGCAGUAACCGGGAGGGACCCCCGAAACGGACAAAGAUGACCUCCCGGCUGUUUGCAAAAGGUUUCGCGUCCCCCUCCCUUCCCAACGAGCCACGUUCCGGGUGCCGGAAGGAAGGCCCAGGCCACAGUGCCCGAACCUUUGAGCGGGGGGGGGGGGGCUGUCUCUCCCCUUCUGCCCCCCAGGGCUCCGUGAUUUUUCCCAGGGGGGUGGUGAUUGUCACUCCAGCUGCUCUUCUUCAAGCUUCCCCAUCUGGUCGAGGUGAAGGGAAUGUAAUUCCACCGGGUUCUUCUUGGGCGGAAAGAGAGAGAGAGAGAGAGAGAGAGGGAGGAGGUUGCAGGAGAGAAAAACACCCGGAUAAAUUGAGCACUGUUUUUGACGGGUCGAGGGUCCUUCCCGGGGGGAUUCCUUGCAGCUAGUGACUGCCCAUCUCCCUCGUCCGCAGUUUGGUGAUCUGGUGAUCUCCAUCGCCCUGGAGGAAAACACCAGCCUUGCCAGCGAUGCCAACACCCCCACACCCCCACACACACACCUCCCACCCCUGGGGCUACCGCAGCUGCUGGUUACCAGACGGGGAGAAUGACUCCCUCCCUCUCCCCGGUCUGGCUGCAGCAGGAGAAGAGGGCGCAGGCUUCUCCUUCCAUCCACCUGGCACUGCGCCACUCACACGCGCAACACCACCCCCACCACCCCCACGGAGGCCUGAGAGCUGCCGCGGAAUCCAGAACGAGGCCUCCCGGCCCGAUUCUCCUCCCGGCUCUGCCUCCGCGACUCGGCUCCCCUUUUCCGGGUGCGCGCGUGGCUUCCCGGCUAGUCGGGGAAGGUUAAAAGAGCCGUUUGGGGGCUUCCGGAGGGCGGAUUCUGGAUUUCUUGUGGCUGCGGGAGAAAAUUGGUUGGAGCCCAGAGAAUGUCUGGAAGGUUGGCCGUUGCUCAGCCCCCCGACGUGGGUUUUGACUUUGGGCUUCUUGCUCGUGCGAAAGGCAAAGGCGUUGUAUCUUCCUAAGCUUGUAAGAGGAGGUCAAACCGAGCCUCCCUCCCUGGGCUGCUAGCUCAAUUCUGCAUUGGUUUCAUUUAAUUCCUCUCUUCCUGCUGUUAUCCUACUCCUCUUCCUAUGCUGUUCCUCCUCCUUCCUUUUCUCCUUCCUUCCAUCCG